CUUCAGCAGCUUCAAUUCCGCCGGGAAAAGUUCCUCUUGACACAACACGCUCCUCGCCGUACAUACAUCCGCCCACUGUAGCCGGCGCGAUGCAGCGACCAACCUUGAGGAACAAUGCCGGAAGAGUGCCACGCGCCUGUCAACGCUGCCGCCAACAGAAGCUGAAGUGCGAUAUUCGUCGCCCUUGCACACUCUGUACCCGAGCAAACGUAACCUGUGUCACCCCCGUCAAGCCAACGACGUGGAAAACCCACGAAGCCGGCCGACCAGCAAAGAAGGCUCGUCGUCGUAAUGAUUCAGCAGAAGUCUCGGCGGCUCACGGGCGACCAUCCGAAGCCGUUUCCUCUGCGUCGUCAAUGUACCUGGACGAGGCUUUCCAGCAGCAUAACACGACCUCACCAGAUGCGGCAGAAGUCUCGGCGUUUUCGGCCCCUCGCCAUGAUCUGGAAGACGGUACAUCUCAAAGCUCAGCGUCGGACACGCCUUUGGGACAGCGCGGAGGUCAGACGCAUGCUACCGAGACUAACGCUACAAGGCAGGGGAUGCUGUCCGCUUUGCCCGCCCCCGACAUCGCUACUAUGCUCGUGAACAACUACUUUGACCGGAUCCACUGGUUCGUGCUUGUGUUCCACCAGAGCGACUUUCGACUCCAAGCUCAGCAACUGUACGAUGAGACCCGAACGGCGUCGCAAUGUCGAAGCGUCCCAACGGCUUUCUUGAGUGUUUACCUCGCCGUCUGUAUUCUUAGCCUGAGCUACCUGGAUCCGAGUCAGACGGCGACGCUGUCACGUCUUGGCGAAGAAACUCUUUUGCUUCAGGAGCGCCUGCUCAGACCGCUACGUACAGGACUUCUGGACAUCGCGGCUGAGGGCUCGUUGGAGGCGGUCCAAACUUGCGUCCUCCUAGGCAGCUAUUAUCUGUACCAUGGACAGCCUCAGCUAGCUUGGCCCGUCUGCGGGUGGGCUCUGCGUAUCGCUCAGGCAUUAAAACUGCAUCGUAGAUCGAGCCAGCAAACAGUGGCAGUUCCCGACCUGGACGACCCCAGGCAACGCGCAGAGGAAUCGAGGAAGCGAUGCUGGUGGGCUGUAUACGAGAUCGAAGCCUUCUGCUCUAUGCUGUAUGGUUACCCGCUGAGUAUCAACGACGACGAUUGCGAUAUAGAGCUGCUCCAUCAAUACCCUGUCAGAUCCGCAGAUCCGACGUGGGAUGCACAUGAGCGGCGUAUCACGGGCCAGGCAACCUUGCUUUCGUACAAGGUCGCUAUAGUACGACUAUCGAUCAUCGUGCGGACGGCAUUACUGAAGCUGUAUAGCCUGGGCGACCGAAGUCCUCCACAGAAACCAGCUCGCCGCACAAACACCUCGGAUCGCAUGCGCACACUAGUCGAACGUGUAGCCCUCCUCGACCGGAAGCUAGAUGCAUGGCGUUUGGAGCUUCCUCAGCAGCUACAUUUGGACCAAAUGCCAGUGGGUGCGGUGGCGCCUUGCCGAGACUAUCUUGCUGGCGCCGCCGGGCCAUGUUCAAGAGCAUGCUUCCACUACCUUUUUCCCCUACAGACACUCUCUCUGAAGCUUGCUUUCGAGAACGCAAGGAUCCUCGUCCACAGACCUUUGUUGAAAUAUAGGUUAGCACUGCCAGACAGUCAUCAGGCUAACGCGCCUCCUCCGCCAGACUGUUCAGACCCGUGCCAAGCAUCCGUCCGAGCAUGCCAGACUGCUGCAUUACAGAUCUCCGACAUUUGCUCCCUGCCUCUUGUGCACGACGCCGGAGCUACGUAUGCUGUCGCGUUCAUCUGCCUGCAUCUUUUGACGGCUGCCAUCACACUGUCCAUCUUAGCUAGCCUCAAUAUGAUGAGCCAAACAUCCCAUGACUGUAAAAUGGGACUUCGACGGUUGAUGGAGAUGCAGUCCCGACUCACAGGCAAGAGCAUCGUCACUUCACAAGGCUUGACUGUCUCGAAGAAACUGAUGUCGCUUGUGUUGCAGAAGGAGAGGGAUGAGAUGUUGAACGUACCGCUUCUUCCAGACCCGCCGCGUGUUGAGAUCGAGGCUAGACAGGAGGUUGCCGCAGCCUCUCGUGCGUCUGCUGGGUGCAACGAACACGACGCGCCAGAGAGUGGCCCCUCUUAUGCUUCAGCAUCGAUGCAAAGAGGUCAAGCACAAGCGGUAGAUAUGCUCGUAACACAGGACCCCCUUGUUACGCCCGAGGAUCCCUAUUUCGGCUUCUACGAAGAUCUCGCGACCACACAGGCACUCUUUGAUUUUGAACAGGCUUUUCUUGAAUCGCACAGCGACUCCGUCACCGAUGGGCGCGUAGUUGCUGGCAGCCUUGGACAGCAAACUAACGGUGCGCAGGACUAUAGCUGGAUAUGGAGCUCGAAUGUCGAUCCGGCCUUGCCAUGGCACUAGAGCCUAGCAACUAAGCUGAUGCAAACAGGAUGAAAGGCUAUCAUCGGUGGUUGCUUAUUCUUUUGCAUACAAGUGAGCGCGCUGUUUUACCCACAGCAAGCUUAUAGUAGCAGACUCUGAGCAUAACCACCACCUUCCGUAUCACCAGACGUCCUGCGACAAACGACCCUGACAGAUGGAAGCACCUUGCCCCGGUCAUAUGAAGGACUUUGUCCCGCACUAAAGUAUGACAUUAUUUGCCCAGGGUAAACCAACAACUCGCGAACACGAACACCAGUCGAAAAUUCCAAAUCCAUAACCACCAGACCCAACCCCCCCAAAUGACACUGCUUACUCAGAUGUGUGGGAAGAUCUGCAGCCAGUCCGGAACAAAGUAAACACCAUAAGCCAUAUAGCGAACACUGAUAAACGAUUCCACAAUGAGAUACCCCCGCACAGUAACGAACACCACUAUGGAUAUUAUAAUCAAAAAGAAAUACCAUGCGGCGAGGAACCCAACGCGCCAAACAUGGGAUGUCUGAUAACCCAGCCGGAAAUUCUGGAAGUUAUACCGCUGAAUAAAGAUAAUUUGAAAGCGAUAGAUCAGACCAACAGGAACGGUAGCCAUCAUCAGGAGACUCGCUAUCCUCCAAAUGAUGCUCUCCACUCUUGUAGGAAAGACGGAGUCCCAGGCUGCUAGGUGGACAGCGCCAACGGAGGCACCGACCAUGACGCAGACGAAGUAGCUUGUUUUGCUGAAGCCGCUGAAGGUGGCGUCCAGGAAGGCGGCGUACUGUACGAUGAGUCUGGGAGUGACUUCCUCGAGUAGUCUCCGGCGAUUGGCAUCAAUGGUUUCCGGGUUGGAGUUUUCGCUGUCACGUUGAGCUCCACCAUUCUGGUUGACAGCAAGUGGAUUGAGUUUGUCGACCUCAAACCUAAGAGUUUGGAACCCCCGCCUGUAUCCACGGUCGGUAUACCGACAAUGGUGGCCUGACGAUCCAUGUCUUUUGUAAGCGUAGGGCUCUGGUUGCUCGACUGGAUCGAUGCGGUACAGUUCCUCAACAACCUUGAUGUGUCUCGCUGCUCUUUCUGCGCGGCAACGAUCGGCCCGGGUGAGACGGAUUGGAAGAUCGUCUUCUUUUCUGCGGUCGAAGCCGGACGCCUUCCUCAAGUCAACUAGCCAGUUAUCCGCACCAGUCCAAAUACAUUUCCAGUUCGGCUUCUGGGACACGGGCAUGUGGCCGAAUCCACAUGGAAGAUACUGAUUAAUACCCAGAUCGAAGGUUUCCGGAUUCCCGGACGGCUGAGGCGUCGAUUCUUGGGCCACUUGAUUGAUGACAAUCUGGGAUGUCUUUUGCUUGACAGAGUUCGGAUCAUCCUCUGCCCUGGAUGCCUUCGAUUUGUCCAGCUUUUCUUGUUUCCACUUCAAGUUUAGGAAGCCAGUGAGGUUUUGUAGGUCACAGAACUGUUCCUGAACCAUGAGUGCUAAUGCAUCUUGAAAGCCUUCUCUAGUUGGCUCGUCUUUGAAGUCGGCAGGGUUAACGAAGACUGGUUGUCGCACGUCAAGGGGUUUCUGUGGGCGUGUUAGUCAGUCACAAAUCAGCGGGGAUGCUUGUCGGAAAAAGGGACGAAAUCCACGUAUGAAGAGGCAAACUCACUUUUAACCAACACAGGUAUAGUAACAUU